UCAAUAAAGCUGCACAUAUUGAAUACACUGACGACUUGUGUUUUGUACUGUAGAAGUGAUGUUUAAUAUUUAUCUUUCGUGAAGGAUCUUCCUAAGACAUGUUUUUGUCUUAGGCUUGUUGUUUAUUAAUAUAACUGUAAAGUAGAUGUAGAUAAAAUACAUGUUGAUUUAGAAUUGGCACAGUAUUACUGACUGACGAGUUGCUGGUAUUUUGAGGAACAUGGAGGCAGAUUAAUAGAAUUUUUUCGUAGGACAUCUGUGAACUUUUUAAACUGAGGAAUUUUUCUUUCGUCCCAAAAUGUUAUUAAAUGUUAAAGGAUUUCAUAAUUAUGAGAUGACCGAUGACUGGACACUGGUAAAAGUAUAACCUGUUAUGAUGGAUAUUUAAAUUAUCAUUUUGUCCUGAGAUAUAUAAUGGCCUCCUAUUCCAACAAAAGAAUACCCAUACCCGAGGGGAAAGCUAAAGAGAAAAGAAGAUCUUUUCUCCCAGCGCCAAAAACCUUCGGACUACAAAAGGAGAAGCAAGAAGAACCACGUCUUUUUUCGCCUCCCCCUGAAGAUCAUGCAGAUGAGGAGCUACAUGUCGGAGAUAGAAUAGUAAUAAGUGGAGUCAAAUCGGGAACUCUGCUUUAUUUUGGUAAAACCCACAUUGCAUCUGGAUUCUGGUGUGGAAUUGAACUUGACGAACCUGAAGGAAAACAUGAUGGAUCGGUAGAAGGUGUUCGUUAUUUCGAGUGCCGAGUUGGACAUGGAAUAUUUGCUCCUGCAGAUAGAGUAUCUAAACCUGAAGGAUCUGUGGUCAGUGCGGAGGAUAUAACCGAGGCGUUAAGACAAAUACCUCAACCUAAAACCAAGGUCAGGAGACUCUUACCUCAACCUAAAUCAUUUAAUAAACCUGAUAAUACAGAGAGUUUGUUACGUUCUAAAAUACUCGAGGAACAGGAGGAGUUUCAGUAUCGUAGUGAACCACCUAGGAUUGCUCAACAACAGAAACAUCAUUAUCAACAAGAAUAUUUAUAUGACCGUUCUAAUUUAAACAUUGAUGAUUUGUUAACAGAACAAUAUGGAGAUUCUUGUGUGAAAAAGUUAUCAUCAACAUUUACGUUGAGUGAAGGUUCUCGUGGAUCUGAGUCUGAGGAUUACCAUCAUAAAUCUCCAAGGAGAUCACAAAACUAUGGACAGCAGCAAUAUCAAGGUCAAAGUUGUGUAAGUACUGAGCUUGAGGUGACUGGCAAUGCUUUGAAUAAUACCUAUAUCCUUCCCGCUGAAAAGAUUGAACAAUUAAAUCGUAUCUAUACAGAUAGUGGGUUUAUCCUUCCUAGUGAAAAGAUAGAACAAUUAAAUCGUACCCAUAAUGAUAGUGGGUCUAGUGGUGAUGACUCUAUUGGUCCAGAAUUAAAAGAUUGCCUUUCUUCUGAUGGCAGGAAAUAUUUCAAUUUAACUUUUGAUACUGAGGGAAAUAAUUCACCAAAACAUUUAAGUAAUUCUAGAAAUUCUGAUAAAAUUCAUCCUGAAAUAUCAAAUGAGUGUGAAAUAAAGACGACUCCUGUUUCAAAAUUAAAUCAAAUGAGCGAGAGUAUGAGCUCAAGCUUAGGUGUACUUGAUUUGGAGGACGUUCUAUUCCAAACUGAGUUAUUAACUGAUGAUUUAGUCGAUUCUUCAAAUCUUACCGACAUUGAAAAAAUUGUUCAAUCUUGUGAAAAAACAAAGAGGGUUGCUUCAUUAAAUGAAACAUUUGAAAAUAAAAAUGUGAUUACUUCCACGCCAUUGGUGACAGAAAAAUCCAAAUCCCUGCUUGAUCGAACCCGUACUAUAUCACAUUCCAAAUCUUGUAUCGGCACUGGUAUACCUGAAGAGGUGGCACAAUUAUCUGAUGAUCAAAUCCUACAAAAUCUUAGACAUAAUUUAAAUUCCACUUUUCAGGCAGAUCAGACAAGAGGUGUUGAAUUACCUAUUGUAGGAGACGACACGCUUGACUGGAGACAAGAAGCUUCAGAUUCAGAAGAGCAACAAUCUGACGAUAGUCUGGAAGAUUCUUACAGUAAGAACGUGCUCCGAGGGUACAAUGAGAAGGGUAAUCUGAAUGCCACAUACACAUACGGAUUAGAUGCUAAUACUAGUAGUAGAAAUGACAGUUUGUCAGAAAAAUUAGAGAAUCUGAAACUUAAUAAGGAAGAUAGUAUUCACAGCAACAAGGAACUUAGUUUCCAAAAGGUUCAAAGUGGUCUUACGAGAGAACAAAUACAUAAAUUAGAUAAACCGAUGACUGAUUCUGGAAUCUCUGUAAAAGGAUUAACAGAUUCUACCAAUUCUUUACAGAGUUCCACCGAAGGUAUAAUAUACCGACAGAGGAAACCUAUGACGGAUUCUGGAAUAUCAUUACAAAGUGAUUGUGGGAUGGCUGACUCACAGGAAAUGAGAUGGUCCCAGAACUUAGAUAGUCUCCAAGAACUAACUGAGACUUCUGGUUUGGAGGAGAAACAGUUUGGGGAUCCCACACAACUGGAGAGAGAUUUAAAGGCGGGACAUAAAAAGAGGGACCGCCCCCUUUCUCUUAUAUCUACAACCAGUGCGGAUACAGGAUAUGUGCCGGAUACCGACUCAGAAGUUGGUACAGUGACCAUGAACUCACCAACAGAAUGGUCAGACAGGAAAACAGAUGACCACAAGGUCACGGACCUAGAUCAAGCUUAUGCUGAAACUUUCAAACAUUAUCAAUCAGCCGUGUUAAAAGGUACGAGACGGGCCAGGGACCUUGAAAGUGAUUCGGACAUGUAUAGUGAUGCCGGGACUAUUAUAGCAGAUACGGAUACCCUUAGAGAGAUUUCAUCUGAUAUUGACAAUAUUUGUGGUAGUUUAAGUGAAGCCAAGGAAGCUCUGUCAGAACAACUACCAAGCUUGGAUCUACUAAAAGCUAAGGUCCAGACUCCUGCUCCAACAGAGGAUAAUGAGGAGGAUGAGAGAAUAGAGGCUGAUCAACAGUUAGACCAGGAUUUAGAUCAAGAAGCAGGAAAAGCUGAGGUUCCUCUAGUGAAUAUAGAAAUCGUAGAUCAAGAUGAUACAACACCAACAGAAGAGAAGAAAGACGAAGAUGUUGAAACAGACGCUAACAAAGAAUCUUCAAAAACUCCACGAAAAAUGACACCAAAAAAGAAAGAGUUAGAAAAAUCAGAUUAUAAAAAACCCAAAGUUGCAUCAAGACUUGCUGAUUAUAUAAACCAACCUGUACCAGAACUAAGUGAAGAGGAAAAACUUGAAAGAGCUAAAAAUAGAAAAAAUAAGUUUCAAAAGAAGGUUGUAAAAAAAGUUGAAAAAGAGGAUAAAAACACAUCUCAAUUGGAAAAUAGGCAUAAAAAGAUUGAAAAAGAACCUCCCAAGAUUAUCAAACGUACUCCUCCUAAGAGUAAGUGGGAUGCCGUUAUGAAUAAGAUAGAGGAUAACCAAAGUGCUCCUCCUAAACCCAAGACUGAGGUCAAAAGUAAACUGCAGGAAUACCUCAGUACACCAACACCAGUAUUCAAGAAAGAGACAGAAAUAAAACCUCCGAAAAAGGUUUCAAAUAUGCCAACGCCGGAUUAUAGUAAAAUAAAAAGUAAAUUAAACUUAGCAGCGCCUCCUCCUGCUGCUAAAAAGGUAGACAAUAAAAAGAAGAGUAAACUACCUGCACCUGGAAAUCUUAAACGUCAUUCUUCUAUCAGCUCUAAUGCUAGUUCUUUAAUGAAAUUGGAUUUAAAUGAUUCUGGUAGUAGUCAAAUCUUUGGAUCAGCCCUUACAUCAGCCAGGAGCAGCUUCUCUGAUCUACAUAAGGAGGUGUCUCAGGAUAAACCUUCAAAUCCAUCAGUUGGCCGGUUAUCAAUGCCUGGUAAGAGAGAAAGAAGGGAUAGUACCUCCAGCACUAUAUCUAAUAUAUCUCAGGGAUCAUCUUCUCGACCCAUGACAGACAGGAGUAGUAAGGUUGCAGAAAGAGUGAGUCUGAGGAGACAGUCCAUGCCAGUCAAGAGUAGUAUACCUCCUCCAACUGACUUACCCAGGAAAUCAUCUAUAGCCUCUAGAACUAACACAGGGACUAACAAAGUUAAUAAAACACUCACCACCAUCAGAGAUUCACCAUCACCAACCAAGAAAGACACCAACAGCAACAAAAACAAAACCAAAACAAAGAAUGUACCAAAACCUAGUCACAGAACAGAGCCUGAACCUAAACUCACGCUCUCACAUGCUAAACAGGAAAUACUCCGACUUGAGGCCUUAUGUGAAAAUAGAACUAAGGAACUAAACGUAGCCAAGUUUGAGAUGAAGUCCUGUCUCUCAGGCUUUGAUGCCAUGUCAGCUCUGGUCAACUAUCUCUCUAAUGAUCUGAAAGCCUUCUCUUGUCCCAAACUAGCAGCACAACUACACAGAAUACAGCAACAGCUGACAGAAUCACAGACACAAACUGAUGAUUUAAAAACACACAAAUCCAGACUUGAACAAGAAAUAGCCGAUCUAUGCACGAAACAUGAACAGGAGAAACAUGGAAUGGUGGAGGAGAAUGAGAAAGCUUUGGCAGCAGAGAUCGUCAAAUUUACACUGGAGAAAUUAAGGGCACUUCAAAUAACUGAAGAAACUCAGAUGAAGGUUUUGAAACAACUAAAAGAAAUCCACAGUGAUGAAAUUUCGAGACUAAAGCUUGAACACACAGAAGACUACAUGAGAAUACAGUUAAAACACAAAGAUGACAUUCUACGCUUACAACAUAAACAUGAAGGUCAAAUGGAAGAACUACACAAGCAACACAGAGACAAGCUAGAAGAAAUUACAAAGCGAUUUGAAGCAAUGAAGCUGAACUUAGCUGACAAAGUUGAGACAUUACGUACAGAAUGUGAUGAACUGAGGGUGAGAGCACGAGACAGUGAGGAGAUUUUGUUACGAGAUUCUGAUAUUAAAGUACAGAUGGCAAUAGCACGAUAUCGACAUAUGCCAGCUGAGAUAGAAAGUCUGAAACAAGUCUUAGACAUGAGGAAUGAUGAAAUAUUUAAACUCAGAAACAAAAACAUUGAUCUUGGAAGAGCGGUGGACGAGUUGAAUAUUGCUAAAGAUAAAAUCCUGGCUUUGAACCAAAAGAUCGAGAAUCUAGAAGCCAUUAUAACCAUGAAAACAGACCAUGAAAAACAAAUGAAUGAUAAAUGUCAAAUGUUGAUGAAGAAAUUUGAUAAAGAAUCUAAAGUAAACAAAAGACUUUCUAUGAAUAAUGAGGAAUUAAUGUGGAAAAUGAGCCAAUCGGAAGGCUCGAUGGAAAAUCUCCUGAAAGUGGGUGAACCACAGAAUCCUGGUGACACUGUUUCACCUGUGCUAAGACGUAAGACAGUCUCACCCGUUGUCAGUGACCAAUCUCCACUCAGAAGUCCAGCGUACAGACGGUCUCUUUCGUCAAACAUUGGUGAAAAAUCUCAGGACAAUAAAAAAUGGAAACGUAAAUCGGCCUCUUAUUUGUAUGAGGAAAAAAGAACAUCACCAAGUAGAGGUAGUCCCACGUAUCGGACACAUUUAGGGUCUGACUCAUUACCAAACAGUCCAAGAACACAUUUAGGAUCUGACUCACUACCAAACAGUCCAAGAACAAAAACCACUGGGAGGACCAAUCGUAUGUCUCAUUCUUGUAACGAUGCUGAUGUUUUUGAAGGGCCACAACCCCUGCCUUCACCAGUGGCCCCUCCCGAGCUUUCUCAAUCUUUAGACAGUGAUUAUUUUACAAGUGAUAAAACAGAUUCAAGUGAUAAAGACACUUCAACAACCAUUUCUCAAUCGGAAGACUCCAUAAGUGUUACGAUUUUUGAAAAAUCCAAUGGAGUUAUAUCCCCUGGAACAGACACUAACCAUGAGGAUAUAUCUGAAAUGUCACACUCCACUGAUUCUAAUGGGGUAAAUUCUUUGGUUUGGGAUUACGAGAAGUUUGACUCUAGUUGUAAGUCUAUGGAAUCGAGUAGAUCAAUGGAGUCAAGUGUCGCCAGUGAUACGAUACUUGAAGUGAAUGACAUGUCAGAUAACCUUACCUUCUCUAACUCCAGCACGGUGGAGGACAUUUCUAUGCCUCAUUCUCCUGACAAAGGAGGAGACAUUACUAUGUCACAAGAGUUUAAUUCAUUAGACAGUGUCAUUGAGGUUUCUCCUCACAAUGAGGAUGAUGAGUCAGCAGGGGAGAACGAUCAGUCUAAGUCAAAUGGUGAUUUACCAAAAAGUAAAAUUCCUUCAUUUAUAGGCAUGCGUGAAUCUACUGUGUAAAGACGAAGUGGGAGAGAGAGAGAAGAGUGAAAGGACAGAAAAGAUGUUUUGCUAUGAAACUUUCAAUGUUUAUUUUUUGUUGUCCAAUUUAAAUGUAACUUGAAAAUUACAGUAUCUGCCAUAUUUAUUGUUUAGAUAUAGCUUUUGGCUAACCAUUAUAACCUUUCCACCCAUGUUAAAAAACCUCUUUAGGAAAAAUGAGAUAAAACAUUGUUUGAAUCUUGAUGUACCUCCAAGUCUAGCGUAAAUGAUAUUAGCUAUAAAAAUAUGCAAUUCAAUUUUUGCAAGUAAGCAAAUACAAUGUACAUGCAUUUAUUACAAAUUUAUUGAAUGUCAGAUAUUGUAAAUAGAUUUACCAGCCAGCCUACCUGUAGUAAACUGUUUUGACUUAUACAUACAUUUUGAAUAGUAAAGCUUUUUAAAGAAUGGAUACAGAUGAUGCAUUGGCACUAGAAAUAAAUAAACAUUCCUUGGAUAUUCUUGUUAUGUUCCAGGGCUGGAUAUUAUUCAGCUAUUUUGUUCAUUCCAUUAUUUUGAAAUGCAAAAUUUGCAUAAUAUUAAUUAAAGAAUUAAACUGACAAACAUUAUUACUGAAAGUUUAGAGGCAUUAUAAUAAACUGGAGGUAAAAUGUUCUUAUGAUAAACCUAAGACUUAAUACAUUAAUUCACCAGUUAAGGAUGUUCUUAUGUUAAACCAUAAGACUUAAUACAUGAAUUCACCAGUUGAGGAUAAACUUUGCUAUUUUCAUCACUGCCACUAGCCUUGGAACAUACAUGGAAAAUUCCAACUUACAGAUCAUUUUAUAAAUUCAUUCAUUUAUACAGAAGAGGUAUAACACUUCAUGACAGACUACAUCAUCCAUCAGUUUAACAUUGUCAGGAAAGUUUGCUUUUGGAUAUUAUAUAGGUAGCUGGCAUAAACGUUUUAUUUUAAGUGUAUUAAUCAUUGUAUUGAUGGGAACAAUAAGAAAAUCUCAGCUGAUAUUACAUGUUCAUAUCUUGUGGAUAUUUGCGAUCAUCAUAAAAUUCUGUUAGGGGAGAUAAUCUUCAUAUAUUUCUGUCAGGGGAGAUAAUCUUCAUAUAUUUCUGUCGGGAUAUAAUCGUCAUAUAGUUCUGUCAGGAGAGCUAAUUGUCAUAAAAUUUUGUCAGGGGAGAUAAUCUUCAAAUAUUUCUGUCAGGAGAUAAUCGUCAUAUAAUUCUGUAUGGGGAGCUUGUAGUCCUAAAAUUUUGUCAGGGGAGAUAAUCUUCAAAUAUUUUUGUUGGUAGAUGAUCAUUCUAUAAUUUUGUCGGGGGAGAUAAUCAUCAUAAAAUUCUGUCAGGGGAGAUAAUCGUCAUAAAAUUUUGUCAGGGGAGAUAAUCAUUAAAUAUUUUAUGCUACAAAGAUGAUAUAUUUUGAUUUAAAACUCAAACAAUUUUGGUGUUCUCAGAAUUAGAUGAUUUGUUGUUUGUAAUCAUGGAAACAAAACAAGAGAGUUGUUUCUUUGUGUAAAAUUAGUGUUUGAUGCUGAGCGUAGAAAUUUCAAAUUUUAAAAGAAUAGAGCAUAAAAUCAGUGAACGAAUAUCCACAAGACUUCAGCAUAUGAUCUUAGAAAUCCACUAAUAAUUAAGUUGAUCUCAGAGAUUAAUAAUAAAUAUAUAGAUAUUAAACUUAUUGUUUGAAUUAGAAAUCUUCGAAGUGUUAAAAUUUAAACAAGAAAUGAUUGAUUAAAUGAAAAUGUAGAUUUAUUUAAUGCUAUUUUUAAUAUGAUAUCAUAAAAUGUAUAAUUUGUGGAGUAGGUUCACAAUUCAUUCAAUCAGGAAAGAUUAUUUAUAAAUUUACAACCAUUGCAAUUAUAAUAUUGAAUUGUCACCAGAAAUCUAUAUUGAUAAUUUUUGGUUUAGAAAUGGUGGCAUUAUUUUUUAAACUCAACUUGUGCUUUCAGUUUUGAAAUCAACAAUAAACAUGGACUGGUUUUCUAUACAUAAAUUUGAGAAUAAAAUUUGGUUUUCUUGAAGAUAAAAUUAAGAUUUUUCCAAAUCAAGCAAUUGGUUUCUUAUUAUUUAUAUUAUUUCAUAUGUCUGUUGGUCAUAUGUUUAGGUUUAUUUAUUUAUUUGUACAUAGAAAUUAUUCUUUUGUUUUCAAUUAGUGCUAUUGAAAAAAUAAUGUUUUGAAUAUAAAAACUUGUUCAAUUUUCUUCCUUGAUGCUUCUUUUUGAAGAUUUUUCAAUGAAUGUAUAACUUCUGAAAUAUGCAUAUUGUUCAAAUUUUUAGACAUUGUUUUGCAACCAAAUCAUUAAGAAAUGUUUAGGAAAAACAGCUUUCUUAAAAGCAAAAUUGGGAAGAAAAAAACAUUUGAUUGAAGAAAGGGAGACAAUUCUUCCUUGUUGAAAAUUCUGAUUUUUUUUUUUCAAAUGUGAUUAUGCCUUAAUGUAUGAAAAAUUCAGAGAGAAUUAUAAGUAAAUUAUGUUGACAAAUUUUUUAUAAAUGUUAAAAUUAGAUAUUAUAAUACCAAGCAGUGGUUGGUUACUUUUCCAAAUCAUUAUAUGUGGUAUGUUGUCAUAUUAUUUAUGUCAUGUGAUGAACUAAAUGUUGUGAUAAACGGUUGUGUAGUAAAUAAACUGUUUUGGAUGUACCAUAGAUUAGGUCUGCCAUCACAUAAUUAACACGUCAAUGACGAGAUAACUUCUUUGAAAGCAAAUUUGUACAGAAAGUUUUUAGUAGAUUAAAAUGUUUGAAAGUAUAAAUUUAUAAUCAAGUUUUUAUCAGUAUUUCAAAAACAGACUUGAAUAUUGAUUCUUGUGAUUAGUUAGAAAUGUAAAUCAAAACUGUAAUGUACAUAUUAUUAUGAUAUGAUCUAAAUAUUUCCCCAUGUGGACUUUAAUUCUAUGGUACAACUGAAAUGAGUUUAUGAUUUUUUAUGUGUUUUGUGAAUAACUAUACUCUCUAGAACUAUAACAUCUAUGAUGUAUUUCACCACAAUCUAUAUUAGUUGUUUUACUUAGUUUUAUGUGCUGACUGAAAACUUCAGGUCCUUAGUUGUCCUGCGAUUAUUAAAAUUGCCUAAAAAAUGGUUAUUUGUUUAAUAGUUUAAGAAUCAUAUAUCUUAUUUCUUCAUUUUCUUUACAAUGACUUUUUGGUUAAUAGUCAUGUCCCUGGUUAAGUUAUCAUAGCUUCAUCUUAAUUCAUUUGCUUACAUAUUUAAACUCUUUUAGUGUCCAAACCAUCCCCUAACUGAUCUGUCUAUUACAUUAAUUUGCCCUGUGAAAGGAGGUUCCUUUUUAUUACUAGUUUUAAUGAAGCAUUUAUAAAUGAACCAUACCAACUAUCCACGAUUCUCUAACAAUGAAGACAAUAUAUUAUCUUUAGCAUCAACCAAUAUAGAUUGUGGUGAUGUAGUUGUGUCUGCAGGUAAACGUUGCUAGAUGUUUCAUGUCUUGUCAUAUCACAUUGUAUUAUUUAUCAUGAUACUUUAUUUAAUAAGGCUGUGUUCAACCUGCAGGAGUUAAAAUAAAACUAUUUAAAAUCUCA